GCCCAAGGCGCGCGUCCGCCCUCCCCUUAGAAGGCUCGCGCCGUCGCGUCGGUUCCGCGCUCGGUCUGUCGGUCUCGCUUCGGUGAGAUCUUCGCUCCGGCUGAGUCGACGCCAUCCGCCUCCCUCCCCCGCGUUCCUGCUACCGCCGCGGCCAAGAUGGCCUCCGGAGUGCAAGUUGCUGAUGAAGUCUGUCGCAUCUUUUAUGACAUGAAAGUUCGGAAAUGUUCCACACCAGAAGAAAUCAAGAAGAGAAAGAAAGCCGUCAUUUUCUGUCUCAGUGCAGACAAAAAGUGCAUCAUUGUGGAAGAAGGCAAGGAGAUCUUGGUUGGAGAUGUUGGUGUCACCAUAACCGACCCCUUCAAGCAUUUUGUGGGAAUGCUCCCUGAAAAAGAUUGUCGCUAUGCUUUGUACGAUGCCAGCUUUGAAACCAAGGAAUCCAGGAAAGAAGAGUUGAUGUUCUUUUUGUGGGCACCAGAGCUAGCACCUCUGAAAAGCAAAAUGAUCUAUGCAAGCUCCAAGGAUGCGAUCAAAAAGAAAUUCCAAGGGAUAAAACAUGAAUGUCAAGCGAACGGGCCGGAAGACCUCAAUCGGGCUUGCAUUGCAGAGAAGCUGGGUGGAUCCUUAAUUGUAGCUUUUGAAGGCUGCCCCGUGUAGCUCAUCAUUCAGUGCCACAAAUUGAAAGCUUCCAUGUGUAAUGUUAUCUUCUUGCUAUAUAAGUAAAGCAAAUAUAUGUAGGCCAGGGUCUUGCUGAGAGGGAGCUGUCUUGUAACCUUUUAGAGUAAACUAAAUAUUCUAUAAAUGUGCAAUCAUGGCCCUAAAUAAAUCUAGAUCUGCAGUUCUAUUGGUGUGAAAUUAAAUUCUUACUGGCCUCUGUUUUGAUGAGUUGCCUUAUAAAGAUUUUUGUUAGGCUCAGGAGUUUUAAUAAUACCGUUCACAAAACCAGGCCAGGCCAUGUGAAGAGAAUUACUGCAUCUUUGUUGGCCUCAGCAGUCUUUGCCUAGUGAAUUGGUUAUAAUCUGGUUAUAAUUUUGGUCCAGAUUCCUUAUUCCUGCUGAAACUAAACAUAAUCACGGAAUAUAAUUCUCCUCCUGACACUUGACAGUACUAAUAUACUAACAACUCUAAGGUGACGUUGGGCAGUCUUUUGAUCCUACUCAGUGUGUGAGGAAGACUGACUCAAGAUCGUGUCCACUUGUGACUCACACUGAUCUUGCACAGCACUUUCAGGCCUGCAGAUGGCAGCAGCCCCUGCACCAGCGGCGGGCUUACCGCUGGCAUGGUGGGCGACUGCGUGGAGAGUGAUCUUGUAUCCUGGAAGUGUGGGGUGGCCUCAGGAGAACCUGUAGUGUCUUGUAACACCUAGUUACAAUGCAAAUUAGGGCCCCACUGUAAUCUGCUUUAUUAAUGGAAUGAUAAAAUGAUAUCUUGAUGAGUUA